AUACAGGCAUCUUAUUGGUCUAAAGUUUCCCUAUCCCGGAGGUCUCCAUCGACCUAUUAAAAAAAACUAACUAACGUGAGUCGCAAAAAAAGACAAAACGGGAAGGAAGCUUGUAUUUGCCAGGUUUAUAUAGAAGCGGAACUCUGCCUGAAAUAGAGAAAACGUUUAGCCACAGGCACCCAAGUUUACUGUAUUUGCAUUCCAGCUCUUUACCGUAUUUAAAGGGGGACCUCCUGUUCGCCCACGUAGGUAAAUAACGACAGCAUGGUCGACAGUGUUUAUCGGACGCGCUCUCUCGGUGUAGCCGCCGUAGGUUUACCGGAUCAGUACGCCGAUGGCAAGGCGGCGAAAGUAUGGCAGCUGUACAUCGGAGACACGCGGAGCAGAACGGAGGAGUACAGGAGCUGGGUGGUGUCUCUGCUGAAGAAGCACGGCUGCCAGAGGAUCCUGGAUGUGGCGUGCGGCACAGGGGUGGACUCCAUCAUGCUGGUGGAGGAGGGCUUCAAGUUGGUCAGCGUGGACGCCAGCGACAAGAUGCUCAAGUACGCGCUGAAGGCCAGAUGGGACAGGAGAAAAGAGCCGGCCUUCGACCAAUGGGUGAUCGAGGAGGCCAACUGGCUGACCUUGUCGGAGGACGUGGAGAAGCCGGGGAACGGGUUCGACGCGGUCAUCUGUUUGGGGAACUCGUUCGCCCACUUGCCCGACUUCAAAGGGGACCAGAGUGACCAGAAGCUGGCCUUGCAGAACAUCGCCAGCAUGGUGAAGCCCGGCGGAGUCCUCAUCAUCGACCACCGUAACUAUGACUACAUCCUGGAGACCGGGAGGGCGCCGCAGGGAAAGAACAUCUAUUACAAGAGUGAUCUGACUCAGGACAUCUCCACCUCCGUGCUGUGGGUGGACAACAAACCUCACAUGAUCACCCUGGACUACACCAUACAGGUGCCACAGCCAAUGGGACAACAGAGCAUCUCUGAGCUCAGUAAGUUCCGUCUGUCCUACUACCCCCACCGGCUGGACAACUUCACGGAGCUCCUGCGGGAGGCGUUCGGGGGCCAGGUGCAGCACACGGUCUACGGAGACUUCCAGAACUACACCCCCGGCGUGACGAAGCCCCCCUGCUACUUCAUCCACGUGGCCCAGAAGACUGCCUGAGAGGGUCCUGCGACUGCCGUCCUCCUCCUCCUCCCCUCCUCUUUCUCCUUCUCUCUAUCCUUCUCUCUCUCUCUCUCUCCCUCCUUCUUCCCUUUCUUUCUGUCUCCACUGCCGCUGUCUCCCAAGCUCUCUUUCGCUCCCAUUCUCU